AUGGCCGCACCGAAUUCUUUUAAUCAUCCGUAUGGUGUGUCGGCAGCCGCCGCUGCCACUGCUGCCUCAACAAACGCAACAAUACCACCCAUUGAAGGUGCCAAGCAAAAAGGAGGUGCAUCCACUAUUCGACGUCUGGAUUCUGCUGCGCCGAAUAAACGCAUUAUGCCCGCAAAUCAAUAUAAUUCUCAAAAUCAACAGCAAUCACAACGUGAAGAAAACGCUUCACCGAAGCGCUCUAUGCAGGUGGCUCAACGGCAACAACAACAAUAUAGUGACGUUAUACAGAAUGAGGAUAAUUUGGAGUAUUUCAUCAAGUUUCCCACACCAAAUUAUCGCAGCGAUGCAAUGGAUACGGGCGAUUCGGACUUUGUAUUUGUAUACAAUGAUUCAAAUGUUCCUAUUGUCAUGUUGCUCGGUUGGGCCGGCUGCCAGGAUCGUUACCUAAUGAAAUAUUCGAAGAUAUAUGAAGACCGUGGCUUAAUUACCGUUCGUUAUACGGCUCCGGUGGAUACACUUUUUUGGAAGCGCACCGCAAUGAUUCCUAUUGGUGAAAAAAUACUGAAACUAAUGUAUGACAUGAAUUUCGAUUCACAUCCGGUGAUUGUGCAUAUUUUCUCGAAUGGCGGCGCUUACCUGUAUCAACACAUAUCGUUAGCAAUGCGUAAACAUAAGACGCCCAUACAAAUACGUGGCAUGAUUUUUGAUUCUGCACCUGGUGAGCGUCGCAUUUUGGGUUUAUAUCGUGCUGUGACAGCUAUUUAUGGAAAAGAGCGGAAGAAAUGCCAUUCUGUAACAGCACUAAUUAUAACUUUGACUUUAAGCAUUAUGUGGUUUGUUGAGGAAACCUUUGCCGCUUUUAAAAGCUUGUUUUUCAAAUCUGAACCGGUACAAACAAAUCCCUUUAGCGAUUUGAAAAACGAGGCCACACAGUUCCCACAAUUGUUCGUGUAUUCGAAGGGAGACGUAGUGAUUCCUUAUCAGGACAUAGAAAAAUUCAUUAAAAUUCGACAAGAGCGGGGUGUGGAUGUAUCAGCUGCAUGUUUUGAAGAUGCCGAACAUGUAAAAAUUUAUACAAAAUAUCCGUCACAGUACAUUCAUUGCGUAUGCUCAUUUAUCAAUAAUUGUUUAUCACGGCCUUAUAAGGGCGGUAAUGGUUUGGAGACGGUCACUGACAGUGGCUCGCCAACCAGUUCGAUUCGUUCUAUACUGGGUGCUAAUUCCUCUAAAUAUGAUUAAAGAAAAUAUUAUAUGAACCGUUGUUUUUACGCGGAUAAAUUACUUAAUUUCAACUAUUUAGUUAUCACGAGUGUGAAGUAUUGAUCGAAAGUAGUAUCUGCAAGGAUGAAGUAUGUGUGAGCCGCUUACAUACUUUUGCAAUAUUUUAAUAUUGUAAGUGCACAAUAAAAAAUAAAUAAUCUGCGUUACUACCUAUAAUUUUACUAUAUGAUUAUUUAAAGCAAAAAGCAAAAAUAUAGCUUUAUUACUUUUUGAUCACAAAAAUAUUAUAGUUUAUGUAGUAAACUUUUAAAAUGUGAUACUAUAGGCGAAAACAAAAACAAAUUAUAGAUUUGACACUUGUAUGAGUGGAUUUCAAAUCUUUUAUUCAAACACAUAUAAUUAAAUAUUUUCCUAUUUAAUAUAAAUACUUACUUGCUUACUUACUGAUCAAAAGUUAUGUAAAUGGCUUUAAGUAGUGAAUGAAUUUAAAUAAAUGCCUGUUCCGCAGGAAAAAUUUUAGAGUGAA